CUGGAGUUUGAUGACUAUCUAAAAGAGCACGGGAUCCUGUCCCAGCUGACUCCUCCCGGUACGCCCCAAUUAAAUGGAAUGUCUGAAAGGAGAAACCGAACGCUGCUCGAUAUGGUUCGGAGUAUGAUGAGUCUGACGACAUUACCAGAGUCUAUUUGGGGCAAAGCACUGUUAACAGCAGCACAUACACUCAAUCGCGUACCAUCUAAAGCUGUUGAGAGCACACCAUACGAACUAUGGCGUGGGACGAAACCAAAUUUGUCAUACUUGAGGAUUUGGGGUUGUGAUGUUUACGUUAGACGCCUCAUGACGUCUGGUAAGCUGGAUUUCAAAUCUGAUAGGUGUAAAUUUGUGGGAUACCCCAAGGAAACAAAAGGGUAUGACUUCUAUCAUCCGACUGAUAACAAAAUCUUUGUUGCUCGGAACGGAACCUUCCUUGAGAAGGAAAUUCUCUCUGCUAUUUCUAGUGGGAGAAAGGUAAACCUCGAAGAAAUUCGAGAACCACAAGAAGAGAUCUUAAUAGCAUUGGAACCUGAGCAUCAAGAUUUAGUUUCUCGACCAGCUCAGGUUUUACCACGUAGGUCAGACCAGAUGCGUAAUCCUCCGGUUAGAUACGGCUUCCUUGUAUAUGAUGAAGCACUCUACGAUUACGAAAUUUGGCAGAUGGACGUCAAGACGGCUUUCCUUAACGGGAACCUCAAAGAGGAUGUCUAUAUGACACAGCCUGACGGUUUUACAAUUGCUGAUGAAACCAUCACUAGUUUUGGUUUCAAGAGGAAUUCUGACGAGUCUUGUGUUUACAAGAAGGUCAGUGGGAGUGUGAUAGUAUUCCUAAUCCUACAUGUCGAUGACAUAUUGUUAAUGGGUAACAAUGUUCCCGCUCUUACGUCUGUAAAGACUUGGUUGAGCGAGAACUUCGCCAUGAAGGACUUGGGGAAUGCUAGUUAUGCUCUUGGCAUAAGAAUCUACCGUGAUAGGUCAAGAAAGUUGAUAGGUCUAUGUCAAAGUACAUAUAUAGAUAAGGUCCUUGAUCGAUUUAGCAUGUCUAACUCGAAAAAGGGAUCCUUACCUAUGUUACCUGGCACGGCUCUUUCCAAGAGCCAGAGUCCUUCUAAUCCCGAGCAGAAGGAACUCAUGAUGAAGGAUGCAUUCCUGGUAUAUGGAGGUGAGGAAGAGCUGAAAGUGAUCGGUUACACUGAUGCAAGCUUCCAAACCGAUCGAGACGAUUACAAGUCACAAGCAGGGUAUGUGUUUUGCCUGAAUGGCGGAGCUUUUAGCUGGAAGAGUUCUAAACAGGACACAACCGCCGAUUCAGCUACAGAGGCUGAGUACAUGGCUGCUGCUGAAGCAGCAAAGGAAGGUGUUUGGAUAAAGAAGUUCAUUUCUGAACUUGGAGUGGUUCCUAGCAUUAAUGACCCAAUCCCGUUGUUUUGCGACAACACUAGGGCCAUUGCACAGGCAAAGGAACCACGAUCUCACCAAAAGACCAAGCACAUUGUACGAUGUUAUCACAUCAUACGAGAAAUCGUAGACAGAGGUGAUGUAGAGAUUUGCAAAGUAGGAAUAGACGACAACAUAGCCGACCCCCUGACCAAGCCCUUGGGAAAGCUAAAGCAUGAGGGUCACACUAGCUACUCCAACAAGGAUCUAGUGAGGAAGAUCCUUCGAAACUUAACUCCCGAAUGGCGCUCCAAGGCCGAUGCCAUUUACGAGUCUAUUGGAGUUUCCAACGUCACAAUUGAUGGAUUAAGAGGUAAUCUCAAAGCUUACGAAUCUACCAUUCUUAUUCCAUCAUUGGACGAACAGAAGAAAAAGGGGAUAACUCUCAAAGCCACCAAGGAACCGGUGCAAGAGGUUUCUAGCGAUGACGACAACGAAUUUGGACUCGUCAUCAAGAAGUUUCACAAGUUCAUGAAGAAGGAGUUUGAGCGGAAGGGAAAGAAGCAAGACGGUCCUCCCAAGUGCUACAGCUGUGGCGAGAUCGGCCACAUCAAGCCAAGGUGUCCAAAAGCCAAGCACGACAAGGACAAGCCCGGCUUCAAGAAGCAAAGGGCUUACAUCUCUUGGGGUGGUGAUUCCGGCGACGAAUCAACCGACCAAGAGGAGGACGAAGCUGCAAAUCUUUGCCUCAUGGCGCACGAAGAUCAAACCGACGACAUCCAAGAGGUGAAAUCACGUUUAAAAUCUAAGUUUGUGCCUUCCAACGCCGACUCACUUGUCGAUACCAGUUUCGACCAGUCAACGGACACGCCAAAGCGGGACGCCUGGUUUACAUUGAUGUCUAAUAACAACCAUAACCUCACUCUUCGCUCGAUCAUCGACAAAGAUAAGUUGACCGGCUCUAACUUUUUAGACUGGCAAAGAAACCUCGUUAUCGUUCUCCGACUCGAGAAGAAAGAAUACGUGCUCGAACGAGCCAUCCCACCUGUCCUGGCCGCCAAUGCUUCUAGAGCUAUCAAAGAUACUUAUGAGAAGCAUGUUGAUGAUGACAAUCAGGUGGCAUGUCUCAUGUUGGCUACGAUGACUUCUGACCUUCAGAAACAUCACGAGAGUAUGAAGGCGUACAAUAUGAUCAUACACCUAAGACAGCUCUACCAAGGACAAGCUAGGCAUGAGAGAUUCCAAAUCUCCAAAGCUCUCUUUAGUUGCAAGUUGUCAGUUGGAAACCCCGUUGGUCCGCAUGUUCUCAAGAUGAUUGGCUACGUCAAAACUCUUGAGAAAUUGGGUUUCGAACUAAGGACUGAACUUGCAACUGAUCUAAUUCUGCAAUCGUUGCCAGAAUUGUACAAGCAGUUUGUGGUUAAUUACGAGAUGCAUGAACUCGAUAAACCACUGCCAGAACUUUUGAAGAUGCUGCAAACUGCCGAAGAGAGCUUGACGAAAGGAAAGGGGAAUUCUAUCCUUCUGGUUCAAGGAGGAAAAGGCAAGAAGAAGUUCAAAAAGGCAAAGAAGAAUGGGCCUAAAGGCAAGGGUAACACCGAGCCAAAGUCCAAUUCUUCCAAGCUCAAGCCUAAAGGUUAUGAUGAUUGGAAGAUCAUGAUGGAAGCACAUCUCUACGCUCUACAUGACUGCAUGUGGAUGGUGCUUGAGGAUGGACCAUUGAAAAUCCAAAUGGAGAAUCCUGAGAGGAAUCUAGCCACUCCAGAUGUAGUCCAAUACAUUCCAAAGCCCAAGGAAAAAUGGGAUGAUAGAGAUUGCAAAAAGCACAAUCUGGACAACGUCGCCAAAGCAGCCACCUUCAAGACACUUGAUCCCAUCACCUUCUCCAAAAUUAAGCAUCUCAAGACUGCCAUGGAGAUAUGGCAAGGUCUUGGGAAGCUAUGUGAAGGAUCAGAGGACUUGAGAAAGCAGAAGAUAGAGGUCCUGCUUGAGAAGUUCAAAAGCUUCAAAAUGCUUCCCGGAGAAUCAUUUGAUAUGUUGGACGAAAGAUUCCACAAAAUCUUGAAUGAUCUUGCAUCACUUAACCACGUUCUUUCUCCCAAAGAAAAGAAUGUAAGGUUGCUAAGAUCACUUCCAACCGAGUGGUACACCAAAGCCACAGCCAUGGAAGAAGGAAGAAACCUGGAAAACUACACUGUCCAAGGUCUCCUUGAUGAGCUCAGAACCUAUGAGCACGAGCUGAAGAAGAAGAAGGAAGAACAAGUCACUCCCUUCCCCACGGCACUGAUGACAACUCCAAGAGUCCCAUCAAGUGAAGGGACAUGCCCAAGGAAUUGUGACACACCUUCCUCCAGCCAGCCGUCAAGCUCAAAAAUGGAGAACUACGAUGAGGAAUUUGCCAUGAUGGUUAAGCAAUUCCGGAAGUUCAAGAAGUUCUUCAAGAAGGCUGACUCAGUCAGAAGGCCAUCCAAGGGAAAGCCACAAGUAAGUGACUCCCCUCCUGAAUCUUAUUUGUGUUAUAACUGCAGGAAGCCUGGCCACUGGAAGUCAGCAUGCCCGUACCCAAAGGUGGAGAAGUACGGAGAAAGAGAGAGGAACGAGAAGAAAAGGAAGGCAAUGGUUGCUGCUGAAAGUGACAAGUCAUCCAGCUCAAGCUCGGAUGAAGAAGCCCUCGUCUGCAUGGAGCGCAGAGUUGAGAAGUCCAACCAUGAGGAUAGGUGGACUAUGUCAGAAGAUGACACUCUCUGCCUAAUGGCCAAAGAUGAUGCUGAUCAAGAGGUAACUUCACAAACCUCCUGCUCAUCUUCUUAUGAAAGCAUACCAACUUCUGAAAAUCUUUUUGACCAGUUCAAAAAGAUGAUGGAAGACUUUGAGAAAAUAAAUCUCAAACAUUCAUCCUUAACAGAGGAGAACAAACUAUUGAGUGAAGAGAAUCUCAAGUUGACUGAAGGUCGGAAAAGUCAACUGGAUGAGAUCACUCAACUCAAGACUGAAAAUGAAUCUCUCUCUGAAAAGGUGAAAUCCCUUAACAAAGAGCUAGGGAUACUUAAGUCCAAAGAAGCAGUGGACAAGCUUCUUGAAACGACCAAACACAAGGGUCGUGAAGGACUUGACAAGGAUGAAGAAGUCAAUGAAGCAGAUAAAAUGAAGCCCACGGAGUUCAUUCCAUUCAGAAGUCUACCACUGAAGACUUCACAGAGAAAUCCGGAUUCAGACAGUGCUGAGCCUACCGGAAAUUUUGGCCAGCCUUCCAAUAUUCCGGAUCACUCAAACGGCGACAAUUUCGGAAAUGGCGACCCAGUGCCAAUCCAUCCGGAAACACCAACAACUUCUGUUCUUCAACCAGAAGCUGAACUAGAUCAACCAAUCAAUCCCAAUCAACACAAUCUUUGUUGGUUAAGGGAUCAUCCUCCUCAACAGAUCAUUGGAGAUAUUCAAUCUGGCGUUGUUGGCGCAAAUGUCCAUUUCCAGAAGUUGGAAGCAAAAUGCUCUUCACCGGCGUUCUAUCAAAGCUAUCUCGAGAUGAUUGCCGCCCAAGAACUCUCCAAAUUCCUUCAUAUGGAGAUCCACCUCAAAUAUGAAGAAGAAGUUCUUGAAUUCUACAAAAAUGGAGAGGUCAAGACUGCUCAUUCAAAGAAGGACCCACAGAGGACGAUUCAAGUCAUCAAGUCCACUGUUGGAGGUACCAAAGUGAAGCUUUCGCAGAAGAAAUUGGGAGAAAAGCUUCACCUUCCCAACUCUAGAGUUGAAAUUGGGAGAUUUCCAGUCAAAAAUCUGGACUGGAAUAUUAUUGGAAUUUCUGGGCAAGUUCCUUCUGGCCCAGUGAAGAAAGCUGAUCUAAACAACGACUACAAGCUAGUCCUUGAAUUGGUCAUCGCAUGCCUCGAGUGUGGAAGUGGAGGACAUGCUGAUGACAUCACCCAGGAGAGAGCCUUCAUCAUCAACGCUCUCAUUACCAAAUCAAAGGUAAACUGGGCUGCACAUUUCUUCAAUUCCAUCUCAAAGCAUCUGGGAAAGCCCAACCAGAAAUACCUUUGUCAAGGUCUGUACAUUGGACAUAUUUUGGAGCCUAUGGGUGCUGCAUCUAAAGGGAAGAAAUAUGGAGCCAGAUAUUGGCUAUACUACCUGUCUUCAAAAGGGGAAAACAGAGCUGGUGCUAGUGCUGCUGCUGAGGAAAGCUCUUCAGACAAUGUCCUACUCAUCAAUUUGACGAAAACUGCCAAACGGAAGCAAGUGGUGUCUCCUUCUCUCAGUGUAGAAGCACCACAGAACCUUGUUCCAGUGAAUCUUGAAGAAGAAGAAGUCUCUGACCAAGGAGAACUUCAAAGGAAGAAGAAGAGGAAAAUCUCCUCUCCCUCAACAUCUGGAAAUGUCAACCCGGAUGAGUUGAAGGAGAAGGAACCUGCUGAGGAAACCACUGACCACAACCAGAGUCCUCAACAACUGGAAGAAGAAGCUCAUCAAGUCCAUAGUCUUCCAACCCCCUCACCUCAACCCCAAACAGAUGAUGCUGAUAACCAAUUUUGGCAGCUCUACUAUGACUGGAGAGUUUGGAAGGUAGGAAAUUCAGCAGAGCAGUUGUUGGACCUGCAUCUGGAACACUUGGCCACCACACCAGUUUCAGAAUUUGAAGUUGAUGAUGAGGAUCCUGCAGUCUACAAGCCAGUCUUCUCAAAAGCCAAAGAAGAUCAGGUGGUUCUCACUUCUGAAGCACAGGCUAACUUGGAAACAACAGCUGAGGAUUUCCAAAUAUUUCCGGAAACCUCAUCUGCCUUUGAAACGGUUCUGCCUGAAGCUGCAGUCUCUACUCCACAAAAACAGAACCAGGAAGCAUCAGAUGAAGAACUUCACCAACAUCUCCAGUCUCAAGUCCUUGAGAUUCUCAGAACUGCUUGUGAGAUCUCCAAGCAGCCUGAACUUGAGAUCCCGGAGAAGUCAGGAGAAAAUCUGGAGCAGUCCACUUUUCCAGAAACAACUGAAGCCCAAGAGGAGCAAGCUGUAGAAGCCCAAAGGAGUUCUGCAGAAGCUGAGAAGGAAACUCAAAUGGCAGAACUAGAGGCCUCUAAAUCUCCACUAGCCAUUUUUGAAAAACAGAAUGAAGCUGAAGAAAGAGACUCCCUCUCUAGAUAUAUAUCAAAUUUUGCGCUUGAUGAAGCAGAAGGAGAGUCUGAGAGGACACUAAAGAUCGCUGAUGAAGAAGAUGUACAAGAAGAUGCUGAAUCUCUUCCUAUGCAACUUUUUCAAACACCCUCUUCUCAUCAGGUAACCAACUUCCAUUUCCAUAGCUCUUCCACUCCUACUCUUCUAGAUGAUGUACCGGAAACCUGGACAAAGAAGGUCCACGGGUUGAUUGAAUCAGCCCUGGCAUCUCAACAUGCCUCCUUUAGGCAAGAGAUAGAGCAGAUGGAAGCCAGGCACAACAAGCUGAUAGAGAAAUCUGAAGAGAAACACAGCUUAGAUCUCAAGGAGAUAAGCAAAUCAGUGGAUAAAACUCUAGAGAUCAUCUCUCUAUUGAGUAACUCAGUGAGCAACACGAUGGAGACAUAUGCAUCUGACAGUUAUCUUCAACUUAAGGAAGUUAACAAAAUCAAAGAGCAAAUAGCAAAUGUCACCGUCAGCCUACAGAAGCAAAUGUCUCUUCUCCAAAUGGACAUCAGAUCAGCUCUGGCAGUGUCUUCAGCAAAUCAGGUAGUAACCAAAGACUACUUGAAGGUAAUCAUUGACAAUCAGAAGGAAGCAUUCAAACUGUUCAGACUUCUUAACACAAAUUCUGGAAAUCGCAAGAUGGAAGUGAUUCUUCAACAACACAGUCCAUCCUUGAUUCCAGAGCUCCCUAUUGCAGUCAAAGAAGGAGAAGUCUCUUACAUUCCUUCGCACCUGAACAUGACUGACCUAAUCCUUGACGCUCAGAGAAGUAAUCCGGAGAACUCAACACAGCACCUAUCCAGCUCAGGAUUGGAUGGAACAGAGGCUGUAGGAACAAAUGCUGCUCACUUCUCAAAUGAUAACCAAACAGAGGAGAGACGCAACAACAUAAGGCGCAUCAAAGAACUAUGUGGAAACAUGCAAGGCAUCAGUGAGAUUGCCAAAUCUUCAAAGCGCAAGAAGCACUGAAGGCUUUUUUCAUCAAACCAGGGGGAAAAGAUGGAAGAGAACGACGAGUUCUACCUGAGGUACUACGUCGGCCACAAUCAGCACAUAUCUUUCACUACCUCUAAGAUUGGCUCCCUCGUGGACGUGCAGGCCAGCAAAGAUCCAGAGGGCCUUCGCAUCUUUUAUUAUCUCGUUCAGGAUCUGAAGUGCUUCGUCUUCUCUCUAAUCUCCCUCCACUUCAAAAUCAAACCCAUAUGAUUUGACACCGUUCAUCUCCUCAAUGCUGGCCUUUUGUUGAGUUUUUAGCCAGAGUUGGAAGAAAUGCAGAAAGAGACGUCUGUAAUCGUGCAGUUUGAGUGGAAUUGUCAAGAAAGCUAAUGUCUUGUAGACCUUAUUAUAGUACCUUUAGCAGUUGGUUU